AUGUCUUCAGUACGACCAAUGACACCAGCAGACCUGCUGAAAUUCAACCCUUGCAACUUGGAUCAUCUGACCGAAACCUACAACAUCGCCUUCUACCUCGACUACUUUUCAAAAUGGCCAGAACUGUGCAUGGUCAUUGAAGAUCCUCAUGGCUCGAUAGAAGGAUAUAUCCUCGGCAAACUCGAAUCCUCCCCCUACGCCGCCCCCGUCACACCCUACGACCCCUCCUCAACCGCCUACACCAAACAAUACCCCAACUACCUCCCCUGGCACGCCCACAUAACCUGCCUGACAGUAUCUCCCUCUUCACGCCGUCUGGGCCACGCAACAGCCCUCUCCUCAUCGCUAGAAACAAUCGGUAACCGUGAAAACGCAUGGUUUGUCGAUUUGUUCGUCAGAGUCGAGAAUACAGCUGCGAUUGAGCUCUACAAGAAAAUGGGUUAUUCGGUGUAUAGGAGGAUCGUGGAUUACUAUAAUGAUGGCAGCGAUGCUUAUGAUAUGAGGAAGCCAUUGCAUAGAGACACGAAGAGAGGUACUGUGAGGGAGGGCGGUGAGAAUAUCAGAGUCGAUCCUGGUGAGGUGUGGUGA